AAAUUUCUUUUUGAAAAACGAAAAUUAUGUUUGAAACUAUUUUUAAAAAAUUUUAAUAUAUUUUUUAAGUAUUUAUAUAUUUAUUAGAAUCAUAAAUUUCACAUCCCAAAAAUCCUACUCCAUCCCUCAACUCUAAACCCUAAGUCUAGAUUAGUUAACCCUAGGGGUAUAAUUGUAUUUUAUCAUUCAUUAAAAGUGAGGGUAAAAGUGGUUAGAAACAUGAAAAGUAGUACUAUGAAUAUGGUAUUUGUGGCAAUUUCCCAAAUUAUAAUAAAACACAGUACUCUCUACGUUCAUGAAAAGAAGUUUUUUAUAGAGUAUUUACACAUAUUAAAAAUACAAUAAAUGCUUAUAGAGUAUUAUUUAUUUUACUAUAUAUUUUUUAAUAAAUUUCAAUCAAUAGUAUUUAACCUAUUUAAAUAUUUUCAAUCAAUUUUUUUUAAAAAUAUACAAUUUAUCUCUUAUAUACUAAAGCACAAGUCACUUGACCAACAAAAUUUUAACACAUAGAAUAUGUUUAAUAAUUUAAAAAAAAAUGAAAAUACAGAAAAAAAAAUAAAUCCAGAAGAAACAGCUAUAAAUUAAAAUUUAGUUAACACGAAAAUCUCUAUAUUUGUCCCACUAUUUCAUCAUCACACACACGAUCUCAAAACUGUUACUCUUUCUGCAGAGGGUUUGACUUAGGGCAUCUCUAAUGGUAUAUAAAAAUUAUUUCUAUAUUACAUUCUAGAAUAAUGUAAUUCUAUAAUAAAGUUGGAUUUGCUUUAAUAAUUCACUAUAUAAUAGAGUUAUUCUAUAAUAGAGUGAAAUAUAGAGUAAUGUUGAUUUUUUACUCCAAAUAUAGAAUAAAAAAAUAACAUUACUUUAUAUUUCACUCUAUUAUAGAGUAACUCUAUUAUAGAGUGAACCAUUAGAGCAAAUUCAAUUUCAUUAUAUAGUUAUUCUACUUUAUAGUGAAAUGUAGAUAAAAUUUUUGUGUACCAUUGGAGAUGGUCUUACGAUGCAAUAACUUCAUCUGCAUAUGCAAAUUUUUUUUUUGAGAAAGUUCAUCUUUACAUGCAUUCAAUGUAAUUUUCUAUAAUUCUUUGCAAUUGGUACAUCAAUCUUUCCCGUAAAAGAGUGAUGAAAUUUUAAUUUUUAACCAUACAGAUCAAUGGCUUCUCAUGAUACUCUUCGAGAGAAUUAUUUUUCUCGGAUUAAGAAAAAACACACUUUUUUUGGUGAAGCUUAGUGAAAGGUUGGCAGAUGAAGAUUAAAAUCCAGAUUAGUGAGACUAAAUAUUUUCAUACUCUUAAAUAGACUAAACUAAUUAUAAAUUUCUAGGAAAUAUUUAUUGGCUGUGGUGAUGAUAAUUAGAGUAAGGAAAGCUCAUCUUAAAACAGAUAUACAAGACUCUGAAUAAAUUUGAGAAACAUUACAAGCAAAAGAUGUGGGAUGAAUUAGAAGGCAGAAAAUGGAAUUAAGAAACGGUGGUAGAAACGAAGACUCAUUUUACUCUUUAGAUCAAACCAAACCUGAGGUUGGUUUUUCUUAUUUUUAGAUGUUUUAUAAUCUUAUUACACCAAAAAAUGUUUUAUAGAAAACAAUUUCGGAUCAACAAACACUUUUUUUAUGUUAUUUUAUAAUAUUACUAUUUUUUAGAUUUUUUCAUAAACAAAACUUUCGAAAUAAAUAUAACAUUGAAAAUGAAAAAGAGUAAUACAAAUAAAAACAUACAUGAGAAGAAUAAAAAGACGUCAACUAUCUACAAAAUAAUAUUAAUAUUUUAGUUGUAUUUUUUAGAUGCUUUCCUUGAAUUUUCAUAUCUAAUAGUGUUUUAUUGUUAUGGAAAAGAAAAAUUAUUUCAUAUUUAUAUUCAUUUCGAUUCCAUAUUGAAAAUGAUCGUGCAGAGCACGGGAGAUCAUACUAUUAACAUUAACUAAUAAAAAUAUUUUUAAAUUUUAGAAAAUCUUUAUUUUAAAACAAAUAAUAAAUCUAGAAAUUUUUACUUUUGGAAACAGAGAAAAAUAUUAUUGCUUUAUUCUGAUCCUAUAUGACGCGGCAACUGUUAAGUGUACUUGUUAAGGACCAGCCAACCACUUGUUAUUAAAAAGAAGAAGCGAAAAAAAAUGGUUCUCUUUUUGUAAUGAAUGAAUGAACAUCGUCAGCGUAUAUUGCCUUUGAUUUAUGGGUCCCCUCAGUAUCACACCUCCACUUGAUAAGCAUAUCGACUUUCAGAAAUACUUUCAAUUUGGCUACCUGUAAUGACUAUACUUUUAGUCCUUUGUUAUAUACUAUAACAGAUAAUGUUAAUUACAUAUAGAAUACCUUUGAAUAUUUAAAUGACCAAAAUAAUAAUAAUCAUAAAAUCAUAUUAUCUUUCCGUAGCCCACCCAGUGGGCUUAUACGCCCAAAUUAAGAUAUCAAUAUCGGGGAUUAAAGUGUAUUCUAUUAUGGAUCAUGAACUAGCCCAUUUUUGUUUUCAUUUUUCCAUUUUUAUGAAGCCAUCACCUUUUUGUCCUCUCAAACUAUGAUAAACUAUAAAAUGAGAAUUUGUACGCAGAUGCUUCCUCGAGUUUGGGAAAUAAUAUUUGGUGUUUAACAAGCUGGGCUUUAUUGCCUUUGGUAUGGCCCAUUAUGUGAAUUGAGCUUAUCACUACUUUAGCAUUUUUGUAAAAUUCAAACAGCCAGAGUUGUUGCAUUGUGGAGGGUCAGAAUUUAUAUGGGGACAUAAGUAAUGGAAUGAAGCCACAAAAUGUUCAGAUGUCAGGAGAAAAGGGAUUGGAACUCAACCUUUAUUUGGUAUGAAAUUAAUUUCAUUAUGAGAUCUUAAAUGCUUUAGUAUUAUUUCAUAUUCAUCAAGUUUUUAAGAUUGUUUAUGUAUUCUAUUUUGAGAAUUGAUAACAUUAAUUUUCCUUUUGUCUAACAGUAAGCAAAGUUCAAGAGACCGAGUUGAAAAGAUAGUGCCAUAUUGUAUUAGACAAAUUCAGUGGUUAACUUAAUUAAGGAAGUUUGUUGCUAUUUGACUAUUUUAAAUGAUUUACAUAUUUUUCUGUUUUCCUUUAUCAAUCUUUCUUGGAACUCGAAAGCAAGUUAGUUGAUUCCUGAGCCGAGAUGUAUUCAAUCAUCAAUGAUCUUGAAAAAACUAAAAGAUGUAUUUGUGUGCUAGAACCACUCGUGAGUGAUUUGUGAAGUGUGUGAAGUCGUGUACUUGCUAAGUCAUCACAAUCAAUCUGAAAGACUUCAAAAUUUUCUGGAUGGGAACAAAUACCAGGGUCCAAGAAUAAUGAAGUGUGGUUUAAUCGGGAUGGAGGCAAGCAGAAGAAGAUUUGAGACAGAGAGUCAGAGACGUUUGAUGGGUUUAAUCAAGAUGGAACCAAAAUUAGAAGAUUAGAGGUAGAAAAUAAGAAGAUUAGAGGUAGAAAAUUUCAGAUCAAUUAUUGAAAUGUACUCAUACUAUUAUACGAGGAUGAAUCAUUACCGUAUGAUGAAGCAAAAAGUGUUAGGGAAUGAGAAAAUGUUAUAUAUAAACAAAUCAAUGCGCUCCUAAAUAAUGCGUCUUGGAAUUAUGUUUUGAAACUCAAGGAGGUUCGACUCUUAUAAACAAUGCAACUUGGGAUUAUGUUUUGAAACACAAUGAGGUUCGACUCCCUUUGUAAAGAGAAGUAUCGAAGUACACAUAAAGUUGGUGGAAUAAUUGAUAGGUUUUAGGCACAGUUGGUUGCUCGAACAUUAUUUUAGAUGUGUGGGAUAUUAUUUUUUUGUGCAACAUAUACUUCUCAUUAAACUUAAAUAGGCCCAGGCCAUUAUUAUUUUAGAUGUGUGGGAUAUAUAAAAGUAUUAAAUCAUGUGGUAACAAAUGUGGGCACUUAGGUAAUUUUAUCGGUUUGGUUUGGUCAAUUCGGUUCUAGAAUUUUUUAUAGCUGAAGUAAACCAUAAUUAAUUUGGUUUGGAUCAGUUUUGGUUCGAUUUUUAUUCGGUUUGAUUUGUGUUUCGGUUCGGUUUAAUCAGGUUUUCUUAGUUUAAUUUUUUUAAGAAUAAUCAUGUUUUAAAACAUAACCACAUGGUCAUGAAACCAUCAUGUUGGUGACUAUAAAAAAAACUAUAUAAACUAAAUACAAUAUACAACUGAAAUAAAAACUUUUUAAAACAUAAAAGUUUAUAAGAACAUAAUCAAAUCAAAGUUAAUUAAAGUAAAUAUAAUUUUUUUUUAAACAUCGUUAAUAAUGCUUCUUAAACUAUGUAAAUUAGAUCUAAUAUAAAACUGAAACAAAAAUAUUUAAAAACCACACAAAGAGUUUAUAAGAACACAAUCAAACGAAUGUUAACUAAAUUAGUAGAUAGAAAAUUUAAAAAAUACAACAUCGUUAAUAAAGUUAAAAGUGAAUUUAGUGUUAGGAUUUUAGUAUUAUUGUAUAUUGUUAGUAUGUUUAAUUCAAAUAAUAAUAAAAACAUAUUGAUUUCUUGAUUCGGUUCGGAUUGUUUGGGUUGAGAAAAUCUUAAACCAAACUAUUUGAUAAUAAACUUUGGUUUGGUUUCGAUAGGUUUUGGUUUCGUUGGUUCGGUUUGACUCGGUUCGGUUUUUUUGUCCACCUUUAGUAAAAUGCUACGAAUGGAGAGGAUCAAAUCUAAGAUAUGGGAUGCAUACAUCUUUACAGAAUCACCAAAUGAGCAGUUCUAGUUAUUUUGAGCAGUAUCCUGAAAGUUGCCAAAAUCAAGUUUAGGGGAGGGGAUGGUAUAUAUUGAAACUAAGUUUAAUUUUGAAUCGAAGUUAAUUCUGGAUCCAUGAUAAAAUUAGCUGUCUUUGAUCUAACCCCAAAUUAAACAAUUCCCAGAGUGUAUAAAAAUGACUAGGAUAUCAGUUUUAAAUGUUUUAGAGAAUUCUAUUAUAUUAUUAUUUUCGUGACAAAAAGAAGAAAACAAAGAGAAGAUUCUAUUAUAUAUAUAUAUAUAGUUAUAUAUAGUUAUAUGAAAGCCAGCAUAUUUGUAACAUAAAAAUCUAGAUAUAUAUUAUAGUUAAAUAUUAUGGAAAUUGGAAUUAAAGCAUCUAGGUACUUUUAGCCUAUAAAUGUACACUCAUCAGAUGUACAUCUUCAUCCUCUGAUGAGUAACUAAGAGAAAUAAGUACAUUGGGAACAAUUCAAGUGAAAUAUAAAACUGAUAAAUUUGACGAGUAUUUAUUAAAAUUAUUUUUCUAACUGUUCCCAUAGUUCGAUGAUUUUUGUAAUAUUUUCGUUUCUUUUGGAGUUAAUUAUUACGAUAUUGGAUAGUGCUAAUUGGUAAGCACUAAGCACUGUGAUUAUGUUUUACUAUCGUUUAUACUUCUUUUAUUUAUUUUACAUUGAUCACGGUGAUCAUUAUAUAUUAGUACGUUAUGGUGUAUAAGACAUGACUACUGGUUGAUCAAAAAAAAAAAAAAGACAUGACUACAUAAAUUCAUUGACUAUUACUCUUCCUGUUUGGAGUUGUAAUAUAGAAACUAAUGUAAUCAUCAUCUCAACCGGACAAAAAUAGUUUGUGCCGAUUAGCUUCUAUUUCGCAUUCUCAAUUCAGAAAUUUAACAAAACCAAAUUUUGGAUUGUUGGUUAGACCAGGUUUAACAUAAAAAAAUUUAACACAAUAAAAAGUUCAAAAAGAGAGAGAAGAAACAAGUAAAAGGAAAAAGGUAAAAAACCAAUUGAAAAGAAAAGGGGAGAGGGGGGAGGACCACGUAAGAGAAAGGAGUAAAAAGUAUGAUUGUCCGAAAGAGAGUUGCAGAUGUUACAUGAAGAGGGUGAGAUUGCAAGUCCUAGCUUACUAGCCGUGACAGUCUUGGAGUAGUAGUGUGGUCCUUCUCUCACCUGAUCCCUUCUCUCUCCUCAUCACUCACUCACUCGCUACUUUUUUUUUUGGUUCUGUUCCCACUCAUAAGUAGCAUGCACAUCCUCAAUAUGAAUAAGAUCCUCGAUAUCUUUGGUGCCCCGUCAUUAACAUGUUAAUUAAGUAGUACCUGACUCAAAUUUGUACUCUAUACAAAAAUAAUAAUUGUACUCUAUACGUAUACAUGUAUGUUAUACCGACGUAACAUUUGUCUUGGGACACGUAACCAAAAUUCAUAUUAAUCCUCGGCACUUCUGGCUAUUUGGUACUUUUAUGAUUUCCAUUCGUAUGUAAAAUUAUAGUGGAACGAUUCAAACUCUGGUCCCCUAAUGCCAAUAUGAAUUCUUCAACAACUAGACUUCUUUAAACUAGUUUAGUUUUGUUCGAUUUACACAUUUAUUAACUGCAAUUUCUUUUGUUAUUGCAUGUCUCAUGAUAAAAAUAAGUGGAAACCAAAGAUGGCUAGUGUCGACUAUGAUUGGUUUUACUUUGAUGAACCGGAACGAUCAAAUCUCCGUCCCGUCAGUCCGUCACCAUUCACUGUAUUAGAUAAAUAUAACGCCGUGAAAUAACGGUGUGUUAAGCCUGACUUUUUGGACAACAUUCUUUUUAUUUCGUGUAGGUCGGCAUGAGAGCACGAGUUUUUGAAGUUUUGAGUCUUUUGACCUUCGAACCAUUUGGCACGUGACUCGCACGCUUCCGUGACUGGGAAUUUUGUACACCUUUAGGUGUUCCUCUCAAGGACAGUGUUAUAGCUAAGAUCUUACACUAACCUUACGAUCACUCUGUAAGAUGUCCACAAGAUAAAUAUCGGUAGGAAUGGAGAAACCUUGUUAUCAUUCUAAUGUUUUACAUAAAUUUGAUAUUAUUAACAAAAAGAUUAAGCAUGUAAUAUUUAGGAGCACAAUUGGAAAGGAUAUGUAGAAGAGGACAUACAUAUCCAACUUAGAUCACAAAGGACCCUAAUAAUUAGUUAUGUGAUAGCAACACUUGCAUGUCCCAUUUGCAAAACCCUAGGGUACAAAAAACAAUUUGAAUUUUUUUUGAUGUGGAUGCCCCAGGAGAGGCCUAUCGCCAUUACAUUACAUCUAUAAAUGGGGGACCAUUACUAACUAUUUUCUUACAUUUAUAUUUGUUAUACACAUAUUUAUUGUAAAACUUCUCAAAACGUAAUGUUCAAAGCAGCAGGACCAUAGAGCUAGCCAUGUCUCGGAUUGUCCUUAAAAGUAUAAAAUCCAUUCUCUUUUAGUUACUUGUUCUUUCCUCUGUGUGUUUAAGUGAGGAUCACAAGUCCAUCAAGGACCAUCUUGAAGCUGCAAACUAUUCAUGAAAGAUUCUUUAUCAAGAGACAAUGAUUCGCUAGAUGUGGCUUUCCACAUUUAAUUCAUUGUUGACAAAGUACUAUCUUGCUUCUUUUUAGAUGCUUUGUAUUAUAUUAACAAGUGUAACUUACACUUAAUUAGGGUUCCUUCCAUUAUGUGUGUAAUUUUGAGUAUUAUUGACGAGUUACUUUCUCUGAUCUUCGACCUAGAGAAUUUAUAAAGUCCGUAAGACCUUUGGUAAAAAAAAAAUAUAUAUAAACGAUUUACGAAUGGGAUAAUUAACUUAACAUGUUGAAAGAAGAUUUAUGUAUUCGAUUUUGAUUUCAAUAUGAAGAUAUAUACACAGAGAAGGUCCAAAACUCAUUGAUUUCUUAAAAAAAAGAGUUUAAAAUAUUAAGAGUUUGUCUUUUUAACAUGAAUUAAUUACACAGUAAUAGGGUUCUAGGCUAGUAGCCCUAGCAUCUCCUUUCACUCAGGAAAUGUCCCUCUCAUCUCUCUCUUUCAUCACACACACACACACACACAAACACAUACACAAACCACAAACACUUUCACUCUGGUUUGGUUUAGUUAAAACCCCUUAAGCCCACACUACCUAUAUCUUUGUAAGGUCACAAGACCCACUUUGUUUAUUUAGUUUCUACACGCAGAGGGAGAAGAGAGAGAGAGAAAUGAGAGGGUUUGUGGCAGAUAAACUGAUAGAAAACUUCCCAACCUCUCUUCUUUAACUUUUACUACUCUCAUUUUUCUCUUCCUUUUGUGGUGCAGCCUCCAACUGAAAGUCCCCUAUAAGAUAUAUCCUCAAUUAUUCUAGCUCUUGGAGAGAAGUCUUAUCUCACGCCAAUCUCUCAUUUCCCACUAUGAGGAAUGAGGAUAAUUACCUAGACCUCAACAAUCUGCCAGAUGAUUCUUAUAGAGAUGGCAAUAAGCAAACCCUGGAGGAAGGUUCUUCCUCUGGUCAAAGAAAGAAGAAAGGUAGUAAAGAAGGGAAAGAUGAGAGCGGGAAGGUGUAUGAAUGUCGAUUUUGUUCACUGAAGUUCUGCAAAUCCCAAGCUCUUGGUGGCCACAUGAAUCGCCACCGACAAGAGAGGGAGACGGAGACAUUGAAUCAAGCCCGUCAAUUGGUCUACCGUAACGAUACCUUAACCCCACCAGGAAUUACACCUUUCGGAUAUCAAACCGCAGAUCCAACAAUAUACCGGUCGGUUUACUCUUCACCGAUGCUAUAUACCGGAAGCUCCUCAACAAACUUGGUUCCCCAACCGCUUCAACCACCAUAUCAAUACUCUUCAAACCAAUACUCGCCCUACAACAACAUGAAUGAUUAUUACUUCAGCCAAUCCUUUCGAGGCAAUAGAAGCAUCUCUCCAAACCCUAAUCUUCCCACAACAACAACCGUUAAUUACAUGGCUGGUGGUCCUGUGGAAUCAAGCUACACUUGCGUCGGUGAACCCAUUGAUCAGACCGGUUUUUCUAACCGUGGCUCCGCCAUAGUCCGUGCGCCCCCGCUGGAACCGCCACAAGUUCGUGAUGGUGACGCUUCACGGCAGCGUUUGGAUCACUCUCUUAGGUUACCAAUGAACCGGUUUCAAGAUCAUCACUCGCUCUGAGUUUUAACAUGUUCCCUCUGCUUCUGCUUCUUUUAUUUAUUUAUUUUCUUCUCUUAGGGUAUUUUCUUGUUCUCUUAUUUUGUUUAAGUCGUCGAGAAAGUAGGGUCUCGAAUUGUCUAAACGCCACGGAUCCUACAUGUGUUGUCAGCCAAUUGUCCGCUUGUUGUUGUUGUUGUUGUUCUUUUUUCUUCUAUUUUAGUUGAAAUAAAGAUAUUAGGAUCUAAUAAUCUCGGCCACAUUUUUGUUUAUGUCUUUUAUUGAUAUACCUAACAUUGUGAUUUAUAUUAUGCUACAUUUUAGUGCGGAAUGAAUAAAAAUCAUCAAAACUAUAGUACUGAACCGCAGAUGCCAACUGAUCUUAAAUCAAUUCAUAUUAACAAGAGUUAGAAUAUGCGAGGGACCAUUAUGGGGGGGAGUGAACCUAUUGGAUAGUAUUAAAAAGGUGAACGUUUAACAAUGUUUCCAUUUAUGGAUACACAAGGGAAGUGAUUAAUCUAAGGAAAAAUAAAGCUUUUGCAAUGUAUAUUAUAGAUAACAACGAGAGGACAUAGGAACCGGACAAAUGGGUCAGAAAGAGAGAGAGUAGAGAGAAAGAUUGUGUUCUUAAAAUAUGAUACAUUGUGUAGUGAGAUUGGAACAGCCUUAAUUUAUCUGAGCUCAUCUACAACUCUCAGCUACUUUGGCCUGAACCUAGCUAUGAGGAUUGGGGAUUGGAGGGAAUUGGGUUUUGGUGGUUGGUUUGUUCAAAAUAAAAAUCAAAAAAGAUUUUCCAUUUGCUUAUAUAUAUAUAUAUAUAUAUAUAUAAAUAUAACAUUUAUUAUAUAGUUAUAAAAGUGUAAGCACGAAGUAACUAGAUCCAAUGGAGACCGUUAGAUGCCAGCUGAAUUCCCCUAACCAGUAAAACUUCCCUUCUGCAUUUUCUGCACUCUACUAUUCUAUCAGCUAAUCUUCCCUUUUUCUUAAAAAAUAUAUGCUUCGUUUAAAACAAUAAUUUUCUUUAAAAAAAUAACUCAGAUUCUUUGAUUUGGAUUAGGCUCUUUUGUGCAAAAAUAAAAAGAUUAGGGCCUUUUCUCAUAAAAAAAGAUUAGGGCCUUUUAUAUGCAACAUAUGUAUUUAUUUGCUAUACAUAAUCAGCUAAUUUAUGUAUUACUAGCUUAAAGUAAAUCAUGAUUGCGUCGACGAUGUUUUUUGUGGUGAGAAAAUCGUGUUCGGAUAUGUCAGUGUCAAUAUAUAAAAAAUAACGAUUCGAAACAAAAAAUCAUUUUUUGACAAAUUAUUAUUAUUAUUAUUGUUAUUAGUAUUUAUUUCAGCAAUUGACAAAAAGAAUGGACUUUUUGCAAGCCCUAAAGGGAUCAGAUAUAUGCUACAAUAUUUUUUUAUAAAUUAAUAUUGUUGAGACUAUGCUAAUUUAUUAAUUUAUAUAAUUAUCAAUGUACAAAAAAAAAAUCUUUUUAGAUUAUACUUUUAAAAUAUUUUUAUUAAAAAGAUGAAAAUAUUUCCUUUUCAUAAGAUUAUUAGAUGUAUUUUAUAUAUGUUGAAUGCAUAUGAUAGGAGACAAAUGUAUUUUAUAUGUAAUUUGAUAAAAUUACACAAAUUAUUGAAAUAAAAAUAAUUAAAGAUAAAAUAUAUACUGUGAAAAGGAAAUCAUUCCAAAAAAUCUAUUUAAAAGAAGUUGUUGAACCCUUUCAUUAGAAAUGUUAUAUUUAAUAUUACCUUAAUUAACCAUUCCUACUUAAAAUUAGUAUGUAUGCCAAAUUAAGAUUUUGUGCUCAUUAGCAGAAAAUAAAUACAGUAGCAUUGAUUUCCAAUUACUGAAUAGAAAGAAAAUGCUUAGAUAUAGUUUAUGUUGUUGUCGGCAAGUUUUGUAUCUUUGACAGUAACAACAAAUAAAAUCACAAAAGCCUUCUACAACAUAUUAGUGGCUAUGAUGAUCAUUUGUCCGAUCCAAUAUAAAUGAUUUACAACAUUUAUUAACAUAUUAUUUUGAACCAAAAUUUUGUAUACACGGAAUGUAAAAAGUUAUAUAAAACUUAAUGUAUACAUAUUUAAUGGCCUCGAGCAUAUUUAAAUAUUUACCGCUUCUUAAUUAUUCUGACCAAUGGUUUUAAAAAAAAACUUAGUCUGACCAAUAAUACCUAAAUUAUAACUACAUAUAUAGAGAGAGAGUGUGUGUGAGAAAGAGAUAGAUGAGGUGUAGGCGAAUCUCUAACUUGAUCUUCCGAACAAAAAAUUGGGUCAAGCCUCGAGAUAACAUGUAUUAAUUGGUUUUGUGAUGUCAUGAGUUAGCUAGCAUUGUUUAACUGUACGGAAAACUAUUUGAAGAAGCAUAUGUAGGUAAUAACAGAGAUGGGUCUCUACGUACGAAGCAACGUGUGAUGGGUACGAAUCACUCUUUGUCUUCACGUAUGUUUAGUAUAGAUGCACAUGCACAUGUAUAUAUUGAAAUUAAAUAAGUGUUACUACACGUACUAUAAAUGUAACUAUACAUGGUGAUAAUAUAUUGUAACGUAGUUCGCCAUGUGAGAUACGAUAAUACAAUCUCAGAUGGUUUAAGAAUUAUGAUCAGAUGUGCAAAAAGUGCAAAAUCAUUUAUGAAACAAAUGUGCUAUACUAUUCGGUAUUUUUGUAUUGUAGUCCUAGACUGGUCCUUGCUGCAUAAUAACAUAAUAUCUAUUGGUUUCAAAAUUUCUACCAGUAACAAUUUUUACUGAAAUCUAUCAUUCAUUCAUUUCGUAAUACCGUAAAAAAAUUGACAAAUAUAACUGUAGAAAUGUUCAUGAUUUCCAGAGAUUCAGUAUGUGCGACCUAAUUAUAUUUCUCAAUGUUAAAACAAUCUAGAUAAUUAAGGAAUGGGAUGUGAUUUGAGAUAGACGGGAUCACAUUCAGCCCCCAAAUUUUAUAUCUUUGUCUCGCUAUAUAUGUUAACCCAAACCAGUCUAUCAGUAGUCCGACCUGAUUGGACAUUUUUCUUAUGUAGCUUCGGCCGAUCCUACAAAAUACAAAUGAAUACUUUAUUAUUUUAUCGUUUGUUUAAUUCAUGAUUGAAUCCUCUAGGGUUAUGUCAACUCAAAAGAAUGUUGUCCAAAUGAAUAUUUUAUUUUAUUUUAUUUAUUUUUGACCAAAAAAUAAAAUAAAAUUAAAUUAAAUAUUGGACGAAAGAGCUUUGAAAUUCCUUGGAUAUCAAUACCGUAUAAUAAGUUUAUCCCAAUAAGUGUCGCAAUUUUAUAUUUCUUUUCUCAUUACAAAUGUAUAUUUAAUAGAUAUGAAUACAGUUAUGACAAAACAAAAAGAAUGGUAAUAACUACUCCGAAUUACUAAAUUUUUUUUUCUAAAUAUCUAAAAUCUAAUAAACACAAUUACAGAAAAUUAAAUAUAUUUUCGAAUUUAUCAAUAAAAUUAACUUAAUGUUAACUAUUUUUAAUUAUGUUGUUGAUAAAUUUUGAUAAUCUUUAUAUAUAUUUUUGUGAAUUAAUAUUUAUAUUUAAACUUAUGAAAACUUAAACUAAAACGAUAUAAUAUAUAUAGACAAAACCAAGAACCAAAUGAAAUUACAAAUCAAAUUUUAGAAAAACUAAUCUAGAAAUAAAAGUCAGAAACCAAAAUCACUCAAAUCCAGUAUUGUGAUAUUUUCUUUACUAAUUUUUUUUCGGAUGAAAAAAUUCUCAUUAUUUUAUUACCACAAAAAAAGAGGUGUAAGAGUUUGUGUGCUUUUGUGCCCAUUUGGUUGUUAAUUCGUGGAUAAUAGCCAAGGUUUAGGGAAUCAUCUAAUCGCGUGGUUAUAUACUUACAUAUAUAUGCACCAGCCAAAUUUUUCCCGGUAAACACAAUCAGGCAUGAACGCAAUCAGUUUGGCUAUUACUGGCUAUCGAAAUGAACACGAUAUUUCAUAGCCUAUUUUUAUUUUACUUUUAUUGUACCUCAGUUAGUCAUAAAAUGGGUGAACCUCUAUAUAAAGUUAGAAAAUAUUUAUUAACUUAUAUAAAUAUUUUUUUUGUCUAAAGUUUGUAAGGAUUUUUUUUCUCAAAUGAUAUUAAAUUUUUAUUUAAAUAAAUCAAUUAAUUCAAAAUUAUGGUUAAUAAUCUGUCUACCGUAAGAAUAGAUGUUACAGAUCAUACUACUUCAUCACUAUAAUUUUUUUUAAUCAACAAAAAAAUUAAUAAAAACACUAUUAAAUGUAAAAUAAUAUAUAUGUUCCUCAAAUCCAAUUAUAUAUAAAUUAAACGUGAUAGAGAAAAAGGAAUGAUGAAUGCAAUUUUUAAUGUUAAACGUGAUAAUAUUAGAAAAUAGUUGCGCGUAUUGUACAAUUCCUAAUAUAUAGGUAAAACGGUGAUUACAAGGAAAAUUGAACAAAAUGGUUGUGACAAUAGAAUAUUAUCGGGAGGUGUCUUUUGCAACAAAAAAAAAUUAUCGGGAGGUGUUAAAAAAAGACAAUAGAAUAUUAUCAUCAUUUCAAUGAAAAAUAAAGAAAA